GUGUCAUUUGGCAGUAAUAUCAAUGAUUUCCCUGCUGUUCAGCUAGAAAAGCUACAGAGCGCAUUGAAACAAAUAAAAUAUGAUGUUGUGUGGAGACAGAAGAAAACAUCAUUUUCUCAUAAGAAUAUUUAUAUCAGUGAUUGGAUACCACAAAAUGAUCUGCUUGGCCAUCCUAAAACUAAAUUAUUUGUUACUCAUUGUGGAAAUAACGGUCAAUUUGAAGCUUUGUUCCAUGGUGUGCCAAUGCUGGGAAUACCUUUAUUUGGAGACCAACAUUAUAACUCACGCAGAAUGACCGAAAAAGGGUACGGAGUGUCUUUAAAUAUAGAGAACUUUACCCCGGAGGAAUUAAUAGAGAAAAUAAAAGAACUGAUUGAAAAUAAAACAUAUUCUGAGAAAAUUAAAAGAGCUAGUGAAAUAUUCCACUCCCGACCCGAAUAUCCAUCGAAGAAAUCAGUCAAAACCUCUUGA